CCGCGGCGGUGGAAAGGCUUGGAAUUCGCUGUCUUUCGAUCCUUUUCAUUUGCGACGGUGUCGUUGCCCGCGGUGGAAUAGCAAUAAAUCAUCGGAUUUUUUUAUUUUAUUUUUUUCCCGUGUCAACCUCGCUGACUUAAUUUCUGCUCCAGCGUCGUCGCAUCGAAUCGCCUGAUGAAAUCGUCAGCAAGUAUAGCGGGCUGUAUGCGUCAUGGAAUUUUCAUAGUUGGUGUCCUCGAUAGAUUCUACUGUUUUCGCUGUGUAGUGAAUGUGGCUCAUUCGUUCUCCUGGGAGGUUUUUGUUGCUGGGUUUUGCCUUCUUGGGUUGGAAAUCGUUAGUUGAUGUUGGAGGUUUGCAAAGGGUUUUUAAUCAUAUUUUUUUCAUGUUUUCUGUUUGAGAGGGUUGGGUGUGAGUGAGUGGGUGGGUGGGUUUUGGAUGGUUGAAUGUGCGUGAUCGAGGCAUAAUGCUACUUGGGAAGGCUUUGAGAGACGUUUGGGCUAGAAGGAAUAGCUGCAGCCUCGGCUUGCUGAGAGAAUUGCGUCGUAGCUAUGGUUGCAACGCUAUUGGGUCGCAUGAAUCCAGGCGUGCCCGGUGUUAUGAAGGCAAAGGAGAAUGCGAAGGUGGUUCUCCGGGCGAGGUUCACGGAGUUCACGUCUUUCAAUGCGCUGACCAGCUUGGGAUCAUUGCUAGGAUCUCUAAGUGCAUUGCAUUGCGUGGAGCCAAUAUUCUAAAUGUAGAUCUCUACAUCGACUUCGACGACAAGAAACAGUCUCCAAUCUUUUAUGCACGAAGUGAGUUUGCAUUCAAUCCAUUGCAGUGGCCUCGUGCUGUCAUGGACGAGGACUUCGCAGAACUGGCCCACCAUUUCAAGGCCGAGAAAUCCGUAGUGCGAGUUCUAGGAAGCGAUCCGGACUUGAAGCUGGCCGUCCUCGCGUCCUGGCAGGAUCAUUGCUUGAUUGAUUUGUUGCACCGAUGGCAAGAGGGGGAGCUUCCGGCUAAUCUAAGCUGUGUCAUCAGGUGCACUACAUUCGUCAGCAAUCAUAAUCGUGGACCAAACACUCAUGUCCUACGAUUUCUUGAGAGGCAUGGAAUACCAUAUCAUUAUCUUCCCACAAGCAAAGGUAAUAAGCGUGAAGAGGAGAUUCUUGACUUGGUCUCAGGCACCGAUUUUCUAGUACUUGCUCGCUACAUGCAGGUUUUGUCACCAACAUUUCUGAAAGGGUACAAGAAGGAUAUCAUCAACAUUCAUCAUGGACUCUUGCCUUCAUUCAAAGGAGCAAACCCUUACAGACAGGCUUAUGAAGCUGGAGUGAAAUUAAUAGGUGCCACAAGCCAUUUCGUCACUGAGGAACUUGAUGAUGGUCCCAUCAUAGAACAAAUGGUGGAUAUGGUAUCACAUAGGGACAGUCUCCAUACGUUUGCUACGAGAUCAGAGAAUCUUGAGAAGCAGUGCCUAGCGAAGGCAAUCAAAUAUUACUGCGAGCAACGAAUAAUGCGAUAUAGCACGAACAAGACCAUUGUCUUCUGCUAGAUUAUGACGAAAAAUAGCAUGUACGUUAAGCACUACCUUUUGCUGCUGAAAAGCAGAUGUGCUCAACGUUUAAGGUAUUUCAGCCCUUCAAAUUGUAGAGUAGAAUUAUUACAAUUAUCACUGUAAUCACCAGAGUCUUAACCUGCCCUCGGAUGUAGUUUCUAGUUUACCACUGCAACUCUUUUCUUGAUACAUUCUCUAGAUCUCACAUCCUUGUUGAGCUGCACAAGUCACUCGCAAAUAGCUUUGUGCAGUAACUAGCUGUUAUAGCUCGAUCUCAAUUGUUUGGGUUUCUUUGAAUCAGUCGAAUUACUCCUAAAAUUCUUAGUUACGA